AGCUCGUGGCUGCUGUGUAAAAGGCUGGGCGCGGCGCGGUCCGCUCUGUUCGGGACUGCAACCCGCAACCCACGCCUCUGUUCGCCCUUCCAGCACCUGCUACUCCGCAGAGACCGAAGACCCUAGGGCCGCCUCCCAGACUCUGCCCGGUGUAGCUGGCAGACGCCGCUUGCUCCGCCCGAUCCAUUCAUUGGGAGCCCGUCUUUACAGAGCUCAAGUUCCCUGUCUCCUCCAGCUUGGGGCACACGGCCGCGCCAUGGAGAAAAGCAGCGAGACCAACGGCUACCUCGACGGCGCCCAGACAGGGCCUGCAGCGGGGCCUGGCGCACCCGUUACCGCGGUGGGACGCUCGCGGCGUUGCUCUGGCUUCCUGCGGCGCCACGCGCAAGUGUUGCUGACAGUGUCGGGGGUGGUGGCGGGCGCCGGCCUGGGUGCCGCGCUACGCGAGUUAAACCUCACCCGCACACAGAUCACCUACCUGGCCUUCCCCGGAGAGAUGCUGCUCCGCAUGCUGCGCAUGAUCAUCCUGCCGCUGGUGGUCUGCAGCCUGGUGUCCGGCGCUGCUUCUCUGGAUGCCAGCUCCCUGGGGCGUCUGGGCGGCAUAGCUGUUGCCUACUUUGGCCUCACAACGCUUAGUGCCUCAGCGCUUGCUGUCGCUUUGGCGUUCAUCAUCAAGCCGGGAUCCGGCGCGCAGACCCUUCAGUCCAGUGACCUGGGAUUGGAAGACGCUGGGCCUUCUCCGGUCCCCAAAGAGACGGUGGACUCUUUCCUUGACCUGGUCAGAAACCUAUUUCCUUCCAAUCUUGUGGUUGCAACAUUCCGUACGUACGCGACUGAUUAUAAAAUGGUGACUCACAACACCAGCUUUGGAAAUGUGACCCAUGAAAAGAUUCCCUAUGCCACUGAGAUUGAAGGAAUGAACAUUUUAGGAUUGGUUCUCUUUGCCCUGGUGUUAGGAGUGGCCCUAAAGAAACUAGGCUCCGAGGGAGAAGAGCUCAUCCGMUUCUUCAACUCCUUCAAUGAGGCGACAAUGGUGCUGGUGUCGUGGAUUAUGUGGUAUGUACCUCUGGGCAUCAUGUUCCUGGUCGGAAGCAAGAUUGUGGAAAUGAAGGACAUUGUCGUGCUGGUGACCAGCCUUGGGAAAUACAUCUUCGCAUCUAUAUUAGGCCAUGUUAUUCAUGGAGGAAUUGUUCUGCCACUUGUUUAUUUUGUUCUCACACGAAAAAACCCAUUCAAAUUCCUUCUGGGCCUCCUCACACCAUUCGCAACAGCAUUUGCUACCUGCUCCAGUUCAGCGACCCUUCCUUCUAUGAUGAAGUGCAUUGAAGAAAACAAUGGUGUAGACAAGAGGAUCAGCAGGUUUAUUCUCCCCAUCGGGGCCACUGUGAACAUGGAUGGAGCUGCCAUCUUCCAGUGUGUGGCCACGGUGUUCAUCGCCCAGCUCAACAACGUGGAGCUGAAUGCAGGACAGAUCUUCACAAUCCUAGUGACUGCCACCGCGUCCAGUGUUGGAGCAGCGGGCGUGCCAGCUGGAGGGGUCCUCACCAUCGCCAUUAUCCUGGAGGCCAUUGGGCUGCCCACCCAUGACCUCUCUCUGAUCCUGGCUGUGGACUGGAUUGUGGACCGGACCACCACCGUGGUGAACGUGGAAGGGGACGCCCUGGGUGCGGGCAUCCUCCACCACCUGAAUCAGAAGGCCAUGAAGAAAGGGGAGCAGGAACUGAGCGAGGUGAAAGUGGAAGCUGUUGCCAACUCCAAGUCUGAGGAGGAGACAUCACCUCUGGUGACACACCAGAACCCUGUAGGCCCUGUAGCCAGCGCCCCAGAACUGGAAUCCAAGGAGUCGGUUCUGUGAGGGGGCUGGGCCUUCACCCCGCCCUGCUCCCACCCUGUUUGACACAGUCACAGCCCUCAUGGACUUUUAAUUUCCAAGCAAUGCUUUGGCCUAGUCACUAGUUAGAGGAAUUACCUCAGCACAGGCGUUGGGCUCCCCAGUGAGAACGGGUUCCCAAGGACCAGGACACGGACAUUUGGCACCAGGACUCUGUUUGGAAACACCCCCUCAAGCUGCCAGGCUUGGGAAGAUCGUGGGCUCUCGGGGGCCUCUGGGUAAAGCCUGGAAAAAUGUGGAUGUAUUCUUCAUUGCCCCCGGUCAGGGGUCAUCAGAUGCUCUCUGGGCAAACCAAGGGCCUUUGUGGUCACCUGUCACGUUGCCUUAUGGACAGUAGUAAUUGGAAAAAUUCCCAAAUUCUUAACCUUGGCUGGAAUUUGCUGAGCUGCAACUCAGGUGUUUCAAGAGUUUAUGCUCCAACUAAGUGUGGGUGGCUUCUAGGGGACCCGAGGUACUGCCCAGUGUCAAGUUAGAAAUACUCCAAGUCGGGGCUGGG